ACAUGUAUUCGGUGAAAGUUGGACACAAAUGGAUACAAGAAGAGGGAAGGACAAAAUCAGCAUGCACAUCGAUAAUUUCGUGGAGGAGAGCAAGAAUAUAUAUACAUAUCUAUGUGCUUGUUUGGAUGAGAAACUCACAAUUUGUUAUUUCAGUUGGAAAUGGUGUCGAUACCAUCAAGAAUGGGGAAGGCCGUGGCGGUUGCUCGGCUGUGGUUGCUGGUGACGGCGGUGGCGGUUUCCUCGUCGCCCUUCGUAAACGCCCAUUUGAUGCUUCAGCGAUUGUCUACAACUACAAGCAGCAAGUUCUUAACCCAGAAGGAGUUUUGGUUUCCCCAGACGCUCGAUCACUUCUCUCCAUAUAACCGCAAUAAGUUUCAGCAGCGCUAUUUUGAAUUCCUUGACCACUUUCGGUUACCAGAUGGACCGAUAUUUUUAAAAAUCUGUGGUGAAGGCACAUGCAAUGGGAUAGCCAACGAUUACCUAACAGUUUUGGCAAAGAAGUUCGGAGCAGCCAUUGUUUCUCUUGAGCAUCGCUACUAUGGGAAGAGUUCCCCUUUCAAGUCAUUGACAACAAAUAACUUGAGAUAUCUUUCAUCCAAGCAAGCUUUGUUUGAUUUGGCUGCUUUCCGUCAGUAUUACCAGGAUUCCUUAAAUCUUAAGCUGAACAAAAAGGGUGAAAAUAUGUGGUUCUUUUUUGGCGUCUCAUAUCCUGGAGCUCUUAGUGCAUGGUUUCGACUUAAGUUCCCUCACUUAACUUGUGGAAGUCUCGCAAGUUCUGCAGUCGUUCUUGCUGUCUAUAACUUCACUGAAUUUGACCAACAGGUUGGCGAGUCUGCUGGUCCAAAGUGCAAGGCUGCUUUACAAGAAACUAAUCGACUUGUUGAACAAAGGUUUGUAACAAACAAAAAAGAAGUGAAGGCAUUGUUUGGUGCAGCAGAGAUGGAAAUAGAUGGAGAUUUCUUUUAUUUCCUGGCAGAUGCUGCUGUUAUGGCGUUUCAGUAUGGAAAUCCAGAUAGAUUGUGCUCUCCUCUUGUUGAAGCAAAGAAUGCUGGAAAUGAUUUAGUGGAUGCCUAUGCCAAAUAUGUUAAAGAUUAUUUCAUCGGAAGUUUUGGUACUAAUGUUAAGACUUACAAUCAGAAACACUUAAAAAACACCACUCCAGGUGGAGAUAGUGCUGACAGGUUGUGGUGGUUUCAAGUUUGCACCGAAGUUGCAUAUUUCCAGGUUUCACCAGCAAAUGAUAGCAUUCGAUCCUCCAAAGUUGAUACAAAAUAUCAUCUGGAUCUCUGCAAGAAUGUUUUUGGAGAGGGAAUUUAUCCUGAUGUAGCUGCCACAAAUAUUUACUAUGGAGGCACAAGAAUUGCUGGUUCAAAAAUAUUUUUUACAAAUGGUUUGCAGGAUCCUUGGCGCCAUGCAUCCAAGCAAGAAUCAUCUCCAGACAUGCCAUCGUUCCUCAUAACAUGUCACAACUGUGGCCAUGGAACUGAUUUGCGAGGAUGUCCUCAAUCGCCACUAAAUAUUGAAGGUGAUGCUCAUAACUGUACCUCCCCUGAUGCAGUUCAGAAAGUUAGGCAGCAGUUAGUGGAAAAGAUAGACCUUUGGUUAUCAGAGUGUAGCCAACCCAAAACUGGUAGGCAAUAUGUAUGAAGCUCAACAACGAAGCCCUCAAGCUCAACUCUGACUGCUAAUCACACUUUGUCUUAAUCAUAAUCUGUAUGUAUUAAGGGUCAGGCGAGGCCCGGACAACAACGAAGCUCUCAAGUUCGGGUUUCAACUCCAUGAAAUUAGUCGAGGUACACGUAAGUUGGUCUGGACACUCACAGAUAU